AUGGGAAAAGCCCUCCAACCGGAGAGCUCUUCAGACAUCUUUACGCUUCAACCGAAGUCAAAGCCGUGUUCUGGAGACUAUUGCAGCUAUGAGUCUGGUACGACUGUAUCCUUCUGGGUGGAGAUGCCUCCGGCCCCUCAGGAGACUCCAGAAUCGGUUGGUGAACUAGGAAACUUUACCUGUCUUGUUAGAACAGAUGACAUAUCCGAGUACUCGAAUUAUUCAUUCUGCAAGUACUCUUCGAAUGACGCGAUCCUGACGACGGGUUCGGAGACGUGGUCAUUGUUUCAAGAUGUCAUCGAUGCAUCAUCGUCUGUUUGGACAUUCGUAGUCGCUUCGUGGAAGGGCGUUGAAUUCCGUGGUUGUGUAUGGCCGGAGAACCUGACCUGUUUCGUAUGUCAUACAUUUGAGAUCUGUGAGGGUUGUAUGGAUGUCAUUCACGACGGACCUCUCUUCUUGGGAUGGGAUAGAGUGUCUUUUGACGAGUUUGCGAUCUGGAAUCGACCACUCGGGGAUGAAGAGAUCAUACAUCUUUUCAAUCAAAGUGAACCACGAGCAAUUCUAGACGACGCGGAUGACAUUGCUAGUAUGAUUGACAUGUUGGAAGGUCAAGAGAAGCUGGGGAUCGACGAGGCGACUUGGAUUCUGCACAGCGAGCUUGAAUUUGUGCAGUCAGAUGAUAAGGUUACUAAUGCUGAGGACUUAGAAGUCAUUACUCAGCUCUUCACUACUACACUUGAACGCACAGACACCGAAGAUGCCAUGCAAAGUGAACUUUUAGAAAACCUGCAGAUUGCAUUGGAUAUCGUGAGUGAGCUGACUGAAGACGUCAAGGGAUUCCUUUGGAACCAAAAAUCAAACAAAACGGAUACCAUCCCAUGCCCAUGUUCACUAACGUCUGGCUUAGGCGACUUCGCAAAUAACAUUGGACAGGCUCUUGUACUCCUCAAUGAAAUAGAGGAAACUUUCAUCGUCACCUCCAGAAGAGCAGCUGCUCAAAUUACACCUGUUACGGCGCUCUGGGAUAACUUGGAUGUUGAAGAGGACGAUGAGUUGGUGAUUGCGCUCGAAACUAAAUCUGCUAAUGCGAGUUAUGGGGAAGGAAUUAGCCCCGAUGUCGAGGUUUCCAUACCCAUCAGUGUACUUAAAGAGGAAGAAACCGUUCUAGUAAUCGUGGUGAUCUAUGACAACCUACACGACAUCUUCCCAGCAAGGGAUAACUCAACUUACUCACCAUCCAGCAAUGUAAGCACUGAAGUGGACUCGUCAGAGCAGACCAGGUUCAUUGCUAGUACUGUCAUUGAUAUUACCUUCAUCCCUACAUCAAACUCCUCCGUCACAUUCGACACGCCCAUCGUGAUCGUCUUUGAGCUUGAAUCAGAACAACUCAAGGAUGCAUCUAAAUACGACAAAUUUUCAAGCUCAUGUGUGUACUGGAAUACCAGCUUUGAGGACAGUAAAACUGUAGGAGCUUGGCUUACCAAUGGUUGCGACAUGACUGAUUAUAAUAAGACACAUGUUACAUGUUCCUGUUAUCAUCUUACACACUUCGCUGUCCUCAUGAUUCGGGAACCAGGAAAGAUCGGAGAACAUCACGUGAGAGUACUAACAGUGUUAUCUAACAUUGGAUGUGGUCUGUCGGUCUUUGGAUCAGUAGCGACUGUGAUAGUUUUCAUCAUUCUAAAGUGA